CGGGAUACUGGGACAUGUUUCUCUUUCUUAAGAACGGCAAACGUAGGAUCCAUUCUGUUUCUCUCUCUCAUGGGACUGGCUGGCCCUGGUUAGGUCCUGAGGGAAUGGGAGCGAGUGCUUGACCCUAACAGAGAGAAGUGAUGGAUGGCUUGUGAGAGGGAGAGGAGCAGCGAUGUCGUUUUUUGGGUUAGACUGCGUCAGUAGAAAAGAGACAGAGGUGGAGAGGAGACUGCGUGCCAAUGACAGGGACUACAACCUGUCCUUUAAGUAUGCGACCAACGCAAUAAAAACCUCCAAGUACAAUUUCUUCACCUUCUUACCGAUGAACCUCUUUGAGCAGUUUCAGAGGAUUGCUAAUGCUUACUUCCUCAUCCUGCUCAUUCUACAGGUCAUCCCUGCGAUAUCUUCACUGUCCUGGUUCACAACUGUUCUCCCCUUGGUGCUGGUAUUGUCAGUGACUGCAGUCAAAGAUGCCACAGAUGACAUAAACCGUCACAGGAGCGACAAACAUGUGAACAACCGCAAAGUUGAUGUCCUCAUUGAUGGAGAACUCAGAAGUGAAAAAUGGAUGAAUGUUCGAGUGGGUGACAUCAUUAAACUGGAGAACAAUCAGUUUGUGACAGCAGAUUUGCUUCUUCUGUCUAGCAGUGAACCUCUGAACCUGGUGUACAUUGAAACAGCAGAAUUAGAUGGGGAGACCAACCUGAAAGUCAAACAGGCCUUAACAUUGACUGGAGAUAUGGGAGACAACAUUCAAGCUCUCGCCGCAUUUAACGGUGAGGUGUGCUGCGAACCACCCAAUAACCGCCUGGACAGAUUCACAGGAACGCUGACUCACGCAGGACAGAAGUACGCUCUCGACAAUCAGAAGAUUCUCUUACGGGGCUGCACUCUGAGAAAUACAGACUGGUGUUUUGGCCUGGUUCUGUUUGCAGGUCCAGAAACUAAACUGAUGCAAAACUGUGGGAGAACAAAGUUUAAACGAACACGCAUCGACCAUCUAAUGAACGUCCUCGUUCUGUGUAUUUUUGUUGUGCUGGUUGUCAUGUGUGUCAUCCUCGCCAUUGGCAACGGCAUCUGGGAGCACCAAGAAGGGUCAAAGUUCACAGCUUUUUUACCGAGGGAGGGGGAAGACAACGCUGCGUUUUCAGCCUUCCUCACCUUCUGGUCUUACAUCAUCAUCCUCAACACAGUGGUCCCCAUCUCCCUCUAUGUCAGUAUGGAGUUCAUUCGUUUGGGAAACAGUUACUACAUUAACUGGGACAGGAAGAUGUACCACGCCCGCAGCGACACCCCGGCUGAGGCGCGGACCACGACCCUGAACGAGGAGCUCGGGCAGAUCAAGUACAUCUUCUCCGACAAAACGGGAACCCUCACGCAGAACAUCAUGACUUUCAACAGGUGCUCCAUCAACGGCAAGUCCUACGGAGAUGUGCUGUGUCACCGAACGGGGCAGAGAUUGGAGAUUACCGAGGACAUGCAGUCAGUGGAUUUCUCCUUCAACCCUCUGGCCGACCCGAAGUUCCACUUCUAUGAUCACAGUCUGGUGGAGGCUGUGAAGCUGGAGGAUCCAGAGGUCCAAUCAUUCUUCCGUCUGCUGGCUCUCUGCCACACAGUCAUGGCCGAGGAGAAGAGCGAGGGAGACCUGUCGUACCAGGCCCAGUCUCCAGAUGAGGGCGCUCUUGUAACUGCGGCACGGAAUUUUGGUUUUGUCUUCCGUUCCCGUACUCCAGAGAGUAUCACUAUCGUAGAGAUGGGCGUGCAGAAGACCUACAAACUGCUGGCAAUCCUCGACUUUAACAAUGUCCGCAAAAGAAUGUCUGUCAUUGUACGUAGUCCAGAGGGCAAAGUGACACUGUACUGUAAGGGUGCAGACACUAUUCUCUAUGAGCGGCUGGACCAGUCCUGCAGUAAACUAAUGGAAGUCACUACUGAGCAUCUCAAUGAAUUUGCAGGUGAAGGCUUGAGAACCCUUGCUCUUGCGUAUAAAGACCUGGACGAGCAGUUCUUCACCGAGUGGAAACAGCGCCACCAAGAGGCCAGCACUGCGCUGGAGGACCGUGAGGAGAAACUGGACCAGCUUUAUGAGGAGAUAGAGAGAGACCUGCUGUUGCUAGGGGCGACAGCCAUUGAGGAUAAACUGCAGGACGGAGUGGCCCAAACCAUUGAACAGCUGGCCAAGGCAGACAUUAAGAUCUGGGUUCUGACUGGAGACAAACAAGAGACGGCAGAAAACAUCGGUUACUCCUGCAACAUGCUGAGGGAGGAGAUGAACGACAUUUUCAUCGUGUCGGCCACCACGCCCGAGGGAGUGAGACAGGAGCUGAGGGAUGCUCAGAAUAAAAUGUGCCCAGACAUGGAACCUGACGUGUUCUUCAUCCCAGAGACGAUUUUGGGAAACCAACCCAAAGUGGUCCAGGACGAGUCGGUCAAUGGAGAGUACGGUCUGGUCAUCAACGGACACAGCCUGGUCUAUGCUCUGGAGAGCAGCAUGGAGCUGGAGUUCCUCCGCACGGCGUGCAUGUGUAAGACUGUGAUCUGUUGCCGGGUAACGCCGCUGCAGAAAGCGCAGGUGGUGGAGCUGGUGAAAAAGUAUAAGAAGGCAGUCACUCUGGCCGUGGGGGAUGGGGCCAACGACGUCAGCAUGAUUAAAGCGGCCCACAUUGGGGUGGGUAUCAGUGGGCAGGAGGGGAUGCAGGCAGUGCUGUCCAGCGAUUUCUCCUUCGCCCAGUUCCGUUUCCUGCAGCACCUCCUGCUGGUGCACGGUCGCUGGUCCUACCUGCGCAUGUGCAAGUUCCUGCGUUAUUUCUUUUAUAAAAACUUCACCUUCACCUUCGUGCACUUCUGGUAUGCCUUCUUCUGUGGGUUUUCAGCACAGACGGUGUAUGAUGAGUGGUUCAUCACCCUGUAUAACCUGGUGUAUACUGCCCUCCCUGUGUUAGGAAUGGGUCUGUUUGAACAGGACGUGAAUGAAAGGUGGAGUUUGGAGUAUCCACAGCUGUACACCCCGGGCCAGAGGAACCUGUAUUUCUGUAAAAAGACGUUUAUGAGGUGUGCGCUCCACAGCGGGUACAGCUCUCUCAUCCUGUUCUUCAUCCCGUACGCUUCCAUACACAGCACGGUUCGCCGGGACGGACGCCAACUCGCCGACUACCAGUCCUUCGCUGUCAUCGCACAGACCUGCCUCAUCUUCACUGUCUUUAUACAGCUGGCGUUGGACAUGUCCUUCUGGACCAUGGUGAACCAUAUCUUUGUGUGGGGCAGUCUGAUCAUGUAUUUCGCUCUCACCUUCAUCACCUACAGCGACGGCAUGUACAGCAUCUUCUCCCCAGCCUUCUCUUUCAUAGGCACAGCCAGAAACUCUCUGAGUCAGCCCAGUGUUUGGUUGACCAUCCUGCUGACGUCUAUCUUGUGUGCUCUUCCUGUGGUGGCUUAUCGAUUUCUGCUCACACAGCUCUCUCCCACUAUCAAUGACAAGGUGAAGUACAAGGUCAGACGCGCCAAACUGGAACCUCCCCCUCGUCCGCGACGGACCAGAAUCACACGCACCAGCACACGACGCUCUGGUUACGCUUUCUCUCACGCUCAAGGCUACGGCGACCUCAUAACUUCCGGACGGUUUCUACGGCGACAGGCACCCCCGGCAACUCGAGUGGGUGGAUUCACCCCGAUCGGACGGUCCGCUGGCUUCAGUCCCACUGGUCGAUCGGCGGGGUACAGUCCGACGGGGCGUGUCCUAAACUUCAAAGAGGAGGCGGAGCCAACAGCACUACAGAUGUAUCGAAGCGUCAAGAAUGACUCUUUUUGAGGGCGGGACCUGACUCAAAGCCACUCCCACAAACCACAAACAUUUGUUUACACAGGGCAUUGGGACCCAAGCUAAGACACUAUUCAUAUGCGGGAUACGCAAUGUGUAGGCACAUUCACUGUACGGAAAACGCGCACAGUCACAAAACAAAAAAGCAGAUGCAAAAAAAACCCCAACAACAUAAAACUAAACUAAAAAACUAAAAUCUGAGGGUUAAAUAUGUACUGUUUAGGCAGCUGUACAUUUAAACAAGGUUUGCAGACAGCACCCCCAGGUGUUGCGAGGGAAGCUGAGAACUGAUGUGUGUACAGUGCAGGUUACUGCAGUUCACUCCUCUCAACAACAUGAGAGAACUAUGAUAGAGAGAGAGAGAGAGAAACAGAGAGAAUAAAAGAGAGGAGACUAAGAGAGAGAGAGAGAAACGAAAUCACACAGAUGAGCUAAAAUAAACUCCCUUGUGUCUGUAGUUCACCCUCUGGCCCGUGUACGAGUCACAUCUUAUCUUUACGGCUAGACCCUUUUGUGUGUCUGUCUCACGUUACGUUCGGGUAUAAGAUUGAUGCUGGAGCACUGUGGUUGAGAGUUCGUCCGACAGCGACAGGUGCACUGUACGCCUUUCAUUUACACAGACUGACCAAACUCUGUUUCAGGGACCUACACACAGCAGAUGCCAUGGAGUUUGAGGGUCUGUUCCAUUCCAUUUCCAGGCCUGCAGUGCCUCAGUCACCCUUGAGAGGGCGCUGUUGUGCAGCAGUUUUGUUUUUUUGGUGGUUUGACUUGGAUGUUACACUUUUCAUAAACACUAAAAUGUGUUUAUAUGACUCAGACACAAACAGAUAUGAGUCAUUGAGUUAUCAGUAUUUCCUGGAUAGAAAUGAACUGAACACUAUUCU